AAUUAAUGAAGAGUCCAUUAGAGGUUUUUUAGUAAAUGAUGAAAUCUGACACUUAGUAUUAUAUGUGAUUUCAUAUUAGUAAGAUUUGUAAAUAAUUCAACACAAAGUUCAUUUAAUACUUUGAAACAAACAUUAUCUAAUUUGGGAUUUAAUUCACGGACUAACAGUAGUAUAAUAAAUGAAAGAUCUGUUCUAACAAGUAUAAGCUAGACAUCAAAUUUUAAUUAUGAGAGUACAAAAACAUUGAAUAAGAUUGAUGAAUGGUAAAAAAGGCAAGAUUAGUUUGUUUAAUAAAUGAUGUAAUAAAAAUAAAAGAUGAUGUAUAUACCAAAUUAUCCUCCAAAAUAACCAUUUGAUUUAAGAUCAAGAUUUGAAUAACAUAAUGCUUAAUUUCUUUAAAUUAAUAUGUCUCUUGAUAAUAAAUUGUAAAGGACUCCUUCAUUAAUAGCACAUAUGUUAGAUUCAUAAAUUAUGUCUGAUUUAAGUGAGCAUCCAAUAAUCAAAACUAAAAUAAAAGAUGAUGAAUAAAAAAAGAAAUCAAAUCUUAAAACAUCGGCGUAAAAAACUGUUGAAAAAAAAUCAGUGAAAAUUGAAGAGAAGAGAAAAUCAUAAUAAUAAGAUGUUAAGAUAGAUAAAAAAACAAAAACAUCUAAAAGUGAAAUUAAAUCACCUAAAAGUUCUGAUGGAAAAUUAAAAAAAUAAAAAAGUAAUUCAAGUAUAUCAUCAUCUUCACCAAAAAAAAAGAGUUCAAAACCAGGAAUAGAAUCAGUAGAUUCAUUUUUAAAAUAAUCAGCAAAGAAAAAAAAAUGA